UAUGCCUGCAAAGCUAAACUCGGGGCAAAGAGACUCAUCGGCGAGCUCGCACAUUUAGCCGUACGUCACUUCCUUCUUCCUCUCUCGCUUCCAUCUUGCUCCUCGCAUGUGUCUGCUGUUAGUUUACAGAUGAAAGAAGCAAUUAUGAAUCAAGAAAAACUUGCUAAACUACAGGCGCAAGUCCGUAUCGGCGGAAAGGGCAGUGCUCGCAGAAAGAAGAAGGUUGUUCACAGAACAGCAACCGCAGAUGACAAAAAACUCCAGUUCUCCUUAAAGAAACUUGGUGUUAACAACAUCUCUGGUAUUGAAGAGGUUAACAUGUUUACAAAUCAAGGAACGGUCAUCCACUUCAACAACCCCAAAGUGCAGGCCUCCCUUGCAGCAAACACCUUCACUAUCACUGGCCACGCUGAGACCAAGCAGCUGACCGAGAUGCUGCCAGGCAUCCUGAACCAGCUUGGAGCCGACAGCCUGACGAGCCUCAGGAGACUCGCCGAGGCUCUGCCCAAACAGGCUGCAGAUGGAAAGGCACCAAUUGCAGCAGUAGAGGAGGAAGACGAUGAUGUUCCAGAUCUUGUGGAGAACUUUGACGAAGCAUCCAAGGAUGAAGCUAACUAGAGGGAAUGUGACUCCCCGGAGUGACAAAACUUGACAGGACCAUGUGGACACAAUGUUUUAAUAUCUCUAAGAGGUGGGAUGUUGGUAAAGUACCUGAGAAGAUGUAUGAUCUGUCCAACGUCUGCUGUGAGCGUUCUGUGAUGUGCAACACCUGAUCACAACAAUUCACACACUCCUAAAGUUUGGAUUGCUUUGAAUGAUUUAUUUUGGAGUAUUUUUUUGAAUUGUACUUUAAAGUAUUGAAAACUAGGGUAGCAGUAUUACAACUCGAGGUAUUUUAGUCUCCAUUCCACCUCCUCUUUGCCACCAGGCUCCAAAUGCUUGUUGUGCUCUGUGGUCCAGUUAGUGAGAGAUUGUGUAUAAAAUGUGGUGUUUCCAGGCUCCUGUUGUUCAUCUGUUUCCUCCAUGUUACUGAACCUUACCUCCUUGUGGCCUCACUUAACCACCUUAUCUGGAAUAAACCUUUGCUACUGUCAGUAAAUGGA